AUUCUAGAGUUGGAGCCUUGCGAAUGUGUUCCGAAGAAGAGAAGAAUAGAUAAUCUAGUUGCAUUACCUGACCCUAAAGUUGAUACAAAAGAAGACGAUAGGGUGAUAAGAGGUUCAUAUCGUGCUGUUCCUAGAACAGUAGAGGACUGGAAUGAAGAUGAUGAUGAAAAUGAAGAAAUGGAAGAUGGAGAGCAUUUUCGCCGUGCUAGACUACAAAUCACUACUACAGAGCCUCGAACUAUAGUAUAUAUAAGACAACAAGAAUAUCUUACUGAAAAACAAUUGGACCAUUUGCUCUGUAA